GACUAAUGAACACAAUAAUCUAAUUUUGUAUCCAAACAUUGUGCUACAAAUCAAGUCUUUAAAAGUUUCAACAUUUACUCGCUAUUCAUACAGUGCUAUACAUUCAAUACCUUUCAUUUCAAACACCAUAAUCCUUAUAAUAAGUCUUGUAAUACACGUCUAUACCAUUCAAACAGUCAUUGAUUUCUAAAUUCAAUUUAAAACCUAAUUAUAAUCAUAAGUGAAGCACCGAUACAAUCAUGUCGUGGCAGUCAUACGUCGAUGAAAUGAUAAUCAAAGAAAUUGACUGCAAGUAUGCCAUCAUUGCCGGUCUCACGGAUGGCCAGGUAUGGGCCAGCUAUACCAAAGCCGAGUUGGCACAGGUAUCGCAAACUGAGCUGAAAGUGAUCGCCGACGCCCUCAAGACUAACCCCAACUCAUUCCUAGAGAAAGGCAUACAUUUUGGGUCCGAUAAGUAUGUGUGCCUUAGUGUGGAGGACAGUGUGCUACUCGGCCGGAAGGGUUUGGUAUGCGCGGUGGGAGAUGAUAAAUGUGCCCCUGGUAAACUGAAUACAGUGGUGGGAAAGAAAUCAGAGCUGACAUGCUAA